GGGUUAAUUCAGCCGUAGCAAAUAAAUAUCCGUAGCCCAGAUUAUAAAACACUUACUUUAUUGUCUUCUUAACAGCAUAACAAUCUGUAUAAUCUGCAUCAGACCGCGUAGACGCUGACGUAUGUGUUUAACAAAAGUGCCGAGCUCAGGAAGUUAUACCAGGUCAGCAGCACUAAAAGGAGACAAUACACCGGUUUGCUAGGUUUAAAUAUGAAAAAAAAACCUCCAUUAAAGUUCCAUCAAGUGGCUUAAAAGGACAUUAGUGGGGGGCGGAGCUGGCCCCAGCUAAGAUGGCUGCGUAAUACCGAAGCUCUGAAAACCAGCUCCAAAUAUCAUGCCUAGAUAAGUUCAUAUAACCUCUGCAGACUAGAACAAUUUAGAGCUGGAGUAUGCCAUAAAGUGGAGACAUCAGAUCAUUCAAAGUGGAGAGGUCUAAUGCCGGAUGCACAGGAGAAAUCGACAGAUAAAGAUUAACCGCGUGGUGAGCGACACACGCAGCAGCUUCAUCCCCUUCUGAGAACGGUGAGAAAAUAGGACAGAACAGAGUGCGAUGACACGCAAGCACAAUGAUACCUGGCUCCCGAUCAGACAAUGACCUAAAGACUUUGAAAGGCUUUGACGGCUAACGCACAUAAUCCAAUCUGACCUGGCAACUCACACUACAAUAACGGAGGGUAUAAUUGACCAAGCCGAUAACGUAAGAGGCCUACAGUUGAUAGAUACCUGCUCAUCCUGAUAACCUAGGCUCUCUAGGUACAUAGCAGCAAGAGGGCACUUAUCACUUGAGCCAGGGUCUGAUUAAUACAGAUAGGCUUAAGCAGAAUAUACCGCGCACCUCAGAGAGGCCUGGAAUUAAGGGCCGUAACCCUGCAUAAUACCGCCAGCACUGUGGCAAAGCAGAGACACAUAAGAUCAGGGAAGACGAACGCUCCUCAGAGCCACGCUUUAACUCUGACCAAAAAAAUAACACAUGGAACCUCGUCUUUCAUAGAUUGACAACGAACAUUUUAAGGUUACAGAUCCACAUUGCAUUAUCUGAAAAGACCCUGCUUACACAAUUAAAUAGAACAGAGAACCAGGCCUACUACACACAAUGAACACGAAAAGGCUGCCGAAGUCCAUUAAACCACCCAAGACAACGGGCCAUAAAGAUAACCUGGUAGAACAGUUUUUUUCCCCUACAAGUCCUAAAUCUAGAAUGAGAGAAGAGGCAGAUGUACCGCAAAAAAUUAAAGACCCUGCACAAACGAAAAACAUGAGUCAUACAGAGGAGAGUACAUCUGUCCCAAACGCACUUCUCUCUACGCUAGCCUCAAAGCAGGAUAUUGCAGACAUCAUUCGCUCCUGCAUACGCGAAGAAAUAGCGGAGAUUAAACAAGACUUACAUGCAGUGGGAAACAGAGUAGAGGCACUAGAAGAGUUUACAGAUAACCUGCAGGAAGAGAUUAACACGGUUCAGGAAGCCACUAAUCACCACACAGCUAUGUUCGAGGAAUUAUAUGACAAAAUAGAGGAUCUUGAGAACCGGAGCCGUAGGAAGAAUCUCAUAAUAAGAGGUAUACCCGAAUCUGUGCUCCCAAAAGAUCUCCCAUUGUACCUGCCCGCUCUUUUUGCCCACUUGAGAAACACUACCCCAACCACUGACAUCCCUUGGGUUCUGGCGCAUAGGGCACUCCGCCCGAAACCACCUGAUACAGCACCCCCAAGGGAUAUAAUUAUGAAAUUCAAGGAAUUCAGAGAAAAAGAGGAAAUUUUAAAUCUCUCCCGAAGGAACCAGCCAGUGAAGUUCAGAGGAGUGGUACUCCAAUUCUUCCAGGAUCUAUCGCAGCGGACACUGCAGAAAAGGAGAGAGCUAGCACCCUUAACAUCCCUGCUUCGCCAGAAGAAAAUUCUUUAUAGAUGGGGGUUCCCUUUUCAUCUUUACGUCCUACAUGGGAAUAGGAAAUUGUCAUGUAAAAGCAUGGCAGACACUGAAGAACUCUGCUCAGCAUUGGACAUUGAACCACCAAGAGGUUUUGAUACCGAGGACUCUCAAGAACCACCAAAAAAGAAACCAGCAAGAGUGGCACCUAAACAGUGGCACAAAGUAGCUCCCAAAUCGAGAAGUAUGACGCCUUACAGAGACUCUCAUUCCUCCCCAAAAGACACUGAUUAA